AUGGCGGUGCAGAGGAUAGAGAUAGGAAGAGGAGAUCUAUGGAAGUGCAAAGCGAAAGCACUACAGCUCCGCCUGCUAGAUCGCUUCAGAGUGGCGGUUGAUCGUCAUCGCCGCCGUCCUCAAAUUUUCUCCGCCGCAUCCGAUGGUUACUUCACCUCCACCGUCCAACGGUGGCUCAACCGUUUCCGUGAUUUCCGGAGAGAUUCUCUCCAGUCUCCCACCGCUUUCUACCGCAAACGAGUUAGCAAGGACUUUAAUGCUGGUGAAGAAUCUGUUGUUAUACGAAUGGUUCAGUCUGUGGCUGUGCCUCUGCUUGGAAACAUGUGUCAUGUGUUCAUGCAUGGUCUUAAUCGGGUUCAGGUUUAUGGUGUGGAGAAAUUACACGAUGCAUUGCUGCAUAGACCCAAGAACAAGCCUCUUUUGACGGUGAGCAAUCAUGUUGCUUCUGUGGAUGACCCGUUUGUUAUUGCUUCACUGCUCCCUCGUAGUGUACUGAUGGAUGCUCAGAACUUAAGAUGGACGCUUUGUGCAUCUGAUCGUUGUUUUAAGAAUUCUGUGAGUUCUGCAUUUUUCCGAUCUGUCAAAGUAUUGCCAGUUGCUCGUGGUGAUGGGAUUUAUCAGAAGGGCAUGGACAUGGCUAUUGCAAAGUUGAACAGUGGCAGUUGGGUCCACAUAUUCCCAGAAGGUAGUCGUUCUCGGGAUGGUGGAAAAACCAUGGGUUCUUCCAAGAGAGGUGUGGGGAGGUUGAUCCUUGAUGCUGACACAAUCCCUAUGGUCAUACCAUUUGUACACACUGGGAUGCAAGAAAUCAUGCCCCUAGGAGCUAAUCUCCCAAGGAUUGGAAAGACGGUGACGGUGCUUGUUGGAGAUCCAAUCCAUUUUGAUGAUUUACUUAAUGUAGGAGGAGUUGAAAACAUGUCUAGAGGAAAACUGUAUGAUGCUGUGGCUUCAAGAAUCGGGCAACAAUUGCAGCGACUCAAAGUCCAAGUCGAAAAAUUAGCAUCAGAACAAUCUGUCAAGUUACAACAAGCUACUGCUGGAAUCACAGAUAGGGCAGCUGAUAUGUUGCAGCAGGUUGAUUGGGGUUCAUUUGGUGCAGGAAGCACCAAAGAUAAAGAUUUGCUAUGUGAAAUCCAAUCUUCACAGGAUGCCACCUAUCAACAGGAGCCCCGUUCUUCUGACCGUGGCUUCAGAAUUGGACUCUCUUAUGAGAGUGGAAUCAUUUCAAGUAUGCGUGGCUACAUGGACUCAACCGAGCUGCUGGGUUUUGCAGCCAGAGGUCUAUUCAUGAACUAUAGGGCAAAGGAAAAUACCGCUAGUGUUAGAGAUGUAGGCCCAGUGAGGGCAUGGAAACAGUUUUUGGAAGCUAACUUACUAGGACAAUGCAACAACACCUGCUAG